GAGGAAUGUCCAGAGUUUGCAUAUUGGGGUCGGAUGUGUAGAUAGUCGUCGGGAGGCAUUCUUUCCUCAUCUUGAGACACCCUCAAGGCACAAAUAAACCAUUAGCCCAGCCUUCAUGUUCUUGCAUAAUUCCGAGAAGAUGCUUGUUCCGUUGAUAUUGGCCCACGUUGUGCCGUUGCUAGCAGCGCACGUCUCUGCUGAGGAUCACCACAAGCGAGAAGCCCCGAGAUGCAAAGCCGUGCCCGGCGCCCACGAGUGGCCAUCCGAGGAGCAGUGGCAGGCAUUCAACACCUCACUGGGCGGUCAACUGAUUCGACCAACUCCUCCGGGUGCCGUCUGUCAUCCAGACCAGCCCUCUUAUAAUGCCGAGCGUUGUGCUGCAGUCCAGACCGGCGGCUGGCAGGGCUUUGCACUCCACGUCAACGACCCGGUUUCCAUGAUGGGCAACACUUGGACCAACGACUCCUGCCUGCCGGAUCCAAGCUUUCCAUGCAGCGGAAGUGGAUAUCCAGUCUAUGUUGUCAAUGCAUCGGCCGUUGAGCAUGUCCAGCUUGGUGUCAAGUUUGCCAAAAAGCACAAUAUUCGACUGGUUGUCAAAGCAACAGGGCACGAUUAUGUCGGUCGGUCUGUGGCGCCAAACUCGCUGUCGAUAUGGACGCACCAUUUGACAGGAAUGCAACACCACUCUGCCGGGAGUUUCAAACCCAAGUGUUGCAGUGAAGAUGGCGCCGUACACAGCGGCAGCGCCAUAACCGUCAAGGCAGCAUCUCGGAUGCAACAGGUCCACGAGUUCGCCAGUAGGUUCGACGAGGCUGUCGUUGGGGGCAGCGGAAGCACAGUAGGUGUGGGCGGGUAUCUGACUGGCGGCGGGCACUCUCUCUUGAGCACCGAGUAUGGACUCGCCGCCGAUCAGGUCCUCGAGUUGGAAAUCGUGACUCCAACAGGAGAUAUAAAGGUGCUCAACGAGUGCAAUAACAAAGAACUGUUUUGGGCGAUGCGAGGAGGAGGAGGUUCGACCUUCGGCAUCAUCACUUCAGCCACCCUCAAAACAUAUCCAACGCCUCAGAUCAGCUCCCUGACAGUUGCCCUGUUCCAAAACCCCGCCCUCCUAGACGACCAAACGGCCAUCUGGGAUCUAGUUGCAUACAUCUUGAGCGAGAUGCCUCGACUGAGCAAGGCUGGAGUUUCUGGAUACUUGUAUCCCGUGGUCAAUCUCACAGUCCCCGGGUUUGGUGUAGAUGGACCAAUAACGGGAUUCUUUGGUGCCCUCACCAUUCCGGGUGGGAACAAUGGCAGCGUCGCUAACCCUUGGCAACCCAUCGACGCCUACAUUCAAGCUAACUGGCCUGGCUUGUUCCUGAGCGCCAACCAAAUGGGACACUACAGUAGCUUCUGGGACUGGAUCCAGGUUCACUUUGACUCCAACCCGGUGGGCGAUAACGGGCUUGCAGGAAGCUGGCUCCUUGACGAACAAGCGCUCACUGGAAGCCGAGAGAAGCUCAAAGACGCCUUUCAGCGCUUUGCAGUUCGGGGAUGGGCGACAUUGCAUCUGGUGGCCGGCAAGGGCGUUAGGGACGGAGAGCUUAGGGGCGGCGGAAACGCAGUCUUGCCAGCUUGGAGGAGGGCGUAUCUCCAUGCCACUUGUGGAAUGGGGUUCCCGCCGUUGAAUGCGACUGCCAAAGCCGAGGCCAUCAAAGCAGUCGACCAAAGUGUGGCGGCCUUGAGGGACCUCGCGCCGGACAUGGGAGCGUACAUGAACGAGGCAAAUGCAUACGAGCCCAACUUUCAGAGAGCUUUCUGGGGCUCAAACUAUGAUCGGCUAAAGACCAUUAAGAGAGAUGUUGAUCCAGAUGAUGUCUUUUGGUGUCAUCCAUGUGUGGGGAAUGAGCGCUGGAAGGAAGUGGAUGGCAAACUCUGUCGCGUUUGAGUUGUGGGUGUGGUAGAUAAGGUACGGUAUCCGGUUUGUUGUGUUGUGUGUUGCUGCCUAGCACAAGCUGAUGCUUCAAGAAGCGAGACAAGACAUUAUUUUGAGUCUUUUGUUUUAUUCAUUACGAUGACGAUCAGAAUAGAGAUGUGUUGAAAUAUAUAAUGGAAUUGCAGUCAAGGGGAAUCGAAUCAAUCUCGAGUUUUCCAAAUACGCUCUGAUCCGAGGACGGAUCGGAUCCCCGCAGCUACUGCAGGUCAAGC